AUGAAAGAUAUGUAUUCUUUUGACAAAUCUGUGGAGGAUGCCUUUGCAACUUAUGAUCAGGUUGGUCAAGCAUAUACAAAGAUAUUCCAACGUAUAGGCAUUCCAUUUGUAGUGGCAGAAGCUGAUAGUGGCAACAUUGGUGGAUCCAAAUCUCAUGAAUAUCAUUUGAUUUCCUCUGUUGGUGAAGACACUCUUCUUACCUGCAAUACUUGUGGAUACACAGCAAAUGAAGAAUUAGCAGAGGCGGUAUACAAUGAAAACAAUACCAGCAGUCUACCUACAGUAUCUACCACAACAAACGAUUAUGAAAUUGCAUUACAAUCACUUGGAUUACAGGCGUUAACAUCUUCAACACCACACAUUACAACACUUGCUUAUUCAGCUUACGAUGGAACAACAGAAGAAAAAAAAGUAGAUGGAUUGAUUGCUGUAUUAACACCACAUCACCGAUCAGCCAAUUUACUCAAAGUACAUGCAGCAUUAGGUAAACAUUUAGAAGGAACUCAAACUAUUGGCGAUCGGGCUACUCUGGAAUUCAAUAUAUUAUCUGCUACUCAAUGGAUGGAAAACAAGGAUCAAGGUAAACCUGUACAUCUCUUUUUGGAUGAUGCGGUCAAGCAUGACCUUCCAAGUUCUUCUUUCUCUUCUUUCACCAUACAUGAUUCAAAUCACUUUCGAUUAGCUCAAGCAGGUGAUGAUUGUCAACGAUGCAAAUAUUCUUCUGAAUCAUCAUCACUGGAAAGCGUCAAAGCUAUUGAAGUUGCUCAUACUUUUUAUCUUGGAACAAAAUACUCAUCUGUCCUUGGUUGCACCUUCCAAGAUCAUACUCGAAUGAAAGAUACUGAAAUGGGUUGUUAUGGUAUUGGCAUUUCUCGGUUAUUGGCGACGGUGGCGGAAUCAAAGACUGAUGAUCGAGGAUUGGUAUGGCCAUCCAGCAUUGCACCUUACAAAGCGUGCAUCAUUGCCACGGACGACAAACGGGAAACAUUCAAGACUCUGGCUAACAAGCUUUAUGAUCAAAUCAAUGGAACACCAGGUUGGACCAACAAUAUCGUACUAGAUGAUCGUCGUACUGGAUUUGGACGUAAAAUGACGGAUGCCGAAAUGAUUGGAUUCCCCUGGAUCGUCGUAAUUGGACGCAAGGCAUUCAAUGAGCAAGAGCCCCUAGUGGAAAUUCAUCAACGUAUACAAGGUGCUCCUAAUGUUAAGAUAGAUGUACCAUUACAAGAUUUAGUUCGUUGGUUGAUGGAACACUAA